AUGGCAGCAGAAGCUUCCAUGGAACAAUCCAUAUUGACGAAUAAAGAUACAUUGCCCAAUGGUAUCAAUACAACUGAAGAGACUUCAGUGAAUCAAAAAAUCUUUAGAGCCAUUGCUGAAGUGUUCCAAUCUGCCCAGAGCACUUAUGCGGGACAUAGGCGUCACAUCGCGGUGUUGAAUAAAGUUUAUUCCAAGUGCAUUGAGCAGCAGUUACACGAAUCAUUCAACUAUUGGUUUAAUAAAUUGGUGGUAAGGAUACUCUCGUUGAAAAAACAGGAAAUUAUCGGUGAUAGGAUUGUUCGGUUGGUUGCUGCUUUCAUUGCCAGUAAUGAGUUGGCUCUGCAAAAGAAGAGAGCUGAGAAUGGCGGAGAUGAGAAGACGGAACAAAUAUUCGGGGCAUUUUUGAAUCAGUUCAUUAGGUUUUUAUUGCAUGGCAUUGAAUCACGAGAUAAAAAUGUGAGAUAUAGGGUCACUCAACUGCUGGCUGUUAUCAUGGAUAAUAUGGGUGAAAUAGAUGAAGAACUUUACGAUUUGAUUAUAUGGUCAAUGCAGAAAAGGGUACAUGAUAAGGAACCCAACGUUCGAGUUCAAGCUAUCUUUUGUCUGACAAAGUUUCAGGAUGAUGAGCACGAGUCACUGGAUAGCUCUGCUGAUCCUGCAACGGAAAGUUUGGUGCAUGCCCUACAGAAUGAUCCCAGUGCUGAGAUACGUAGGGCAGCCAUGCUCAAUUUAGCUAAUAACAAGAAUACUCAGCAUCUUAUCUUUGAAAGAGCACGUGAUGUUGCAGCUAUAAACAGACGGUUGAUCUACUCUAAAGUAUUGAAGUCUAUGGGCCCUAAGGUUUUCACUCAACUCGAUUCUAGUUUACUUGAUCAGCUGGUACAGUUGGGUUUGGAAGACAGAGACGAGACAGUUAGACAAGCUUGUGGAAAACUUGUUGCAUUUGAUUGGUUAAAUUUGAUGGAUGGUGACAUUAUAGAUUUGUUGGAUAAGUUAGAUGUUACUAAAGGAAAGGUUGCCGAGAAAGCAAUGUGUGCUUUAUUUGAAUAUCGAAGUGAUAUUGUAAACAAAAUUAAGUUUCCUAAAGAUGUUUGGGACAAUUUCAGUAUAAUUACAGUAUUUCUGCUAAAAUCUUUUUAUUAUCACUGUUUAGAACAUGAGAUGAAUGAGCUUAUAGAAGAGAACUUUCCAGAGACCAUGGUACUUUCCAAAUACAUCACAACCUAUAUUAGUAAGAGGUAUGAAAGCAAGGAUGAGCAGUCACAAAUUGAUGAAAAAGCCCUAGAUUUUAUUAUUGAACAACUUCUCUAUAUUGCAUACAAAUAUGACUUUAGUGAUGAAAUUGGAAGACGUGAUAUGCUUAACUUGGUUAGAAAUUUGCUAUUCAAUAAGGAUUUAUCAGAAUCUCUAGUGAAGAUAAGCUUAAAGGUCUUAAAAGUCUUAUCAAUUAAUGAGCGAGAUUUUAUAACAAUGUCUGUCGAAAUUAUUACCGAUAUUAGAGAUGAAGAUAUUGAGAAACAAGAAAACGAAGAAGUGGGUCAUAAUUCAAUUUCUAAGAACAGAAAAGACGAUGUUAUCGAUGAAGAGAAAGACGAGGUGGACGAAGAUAAAGAUUAUUGUGCUGUUGAAUCAUUUCAUUCAGCUGUUGACGACUUGGUGAGUGGUAAUAUUAACGCAUGUGAUUCUAACAAUACUGUUGUAAUAGAAGAAAAACAACCAAGUCCAGAAUCAUUAUUAGUUUGUUUAAAGUUAACACGUUACAUGUUGGAGCUUGUUGAAAAGCCCCUAAAGCAGAAUAUCAUGAUAUCAUCUUUAAUUGAUACAUUAAUUACGCCUGCUGUUAGAAAUACGCAAAGUGAUAUAAGAGAAUUAGGUGUCCGCUGUCUGGGUUUAUGUUGUUUGCUUGAUGUACAAUUGGCGACAGAAAGCAUGUACAUUCUAGGUAUGUGUGUUUCCAAAGGUAAUGUCGCGUUGAAGAAUAUAGCUCUUCAAGUGAUUAUUGAUAUUUUUUCAGUUCAUGGUAGUAAAGUAGUUGAUGGGGAAGGAAAAGUUGACUCAAUAUCAUUACACAAGAUAUUUUACAAAAUAUUAAAAAACAAUGAGCUUGCCGAUUGCCAAACUGUUGCAGCAGAAGGGCUCUGUAAAUUGUUUUUAGGUGACGUCUUCAUAGAUGAUGAUCUGUUUGAAACGCUUGUACUAUCCUAUUUCUCCCCUGCGAAUUCUGGAAAUGAGGCACUGAUUCAGGCCUUUGCCUUUUGCUUGCCAGUUUAUUGUUUUUCCCAUUUCAACCAUCAACAAAGAAUGGCAAGGGUUGCAAGUGACGUAUUGCUAAGGUUAUCAAUGUUGUGGGAUGAUCUCCAAAACCCUACUGAUGGGAGCAACAUGUCUAAGGAUUCAAUGUUAAAGCCUAAUGCUAUUUUUCAACAAUUGAUUAAUUGGACAGACCCUUGUAGACUUGUUGCAGAAGAUGAAAAAAGUGCAGCUACAAACGAAUGCCAUAUAGAUUUUUUGCUUGAUAUUCUUAGGUCUUAUUAUAGAUUUGAAAGAAAGGAUGUUAAGAAAAUGCUAAUCACUAAUCUCUCUAGAUUUAAAGUCACUGGACAACAUAGUGUGGUGAAGAUUAAAGAAGCUAUUGAACAUUUGGAAGAUAUUCUGGAAAAUGACACCACAGACAAGACAUGUAAAAACUGUCUAAAUGCGCUUUUAGAAAAUUAUAAAUCACUGGUACCAGAAGCUGAGGAGCAUAGCAUUAAUACUACAAAGCAGGAGGAUGAUAAUAGUAUAGGUGAAUUUUCGGCAAUAUUGGCAGGUGCUGAUAAUAGCUCUUUGGAUGUGGCUGGAAGCAGCACCCAAUCUGAACUUAAUACCGAAAGCUUUAUAAAAGAUUCAGGGAAUGGGCAAUUACAAAGUGAGAAUACAGAACAGGGGAUUUUAAACACUUUAGACAACCCACCCAGCAGAAAAAGGUUAAGAUCUGCUGAUGAUUCAUAA